AUGGCCCUGUGUAGACCUCUGCUAGGCCUCAUGCUGCUACUGGGCCUGGCCCUGGAUGGAGAGGCCGGGAGCAGCGUGCACACUGUGUUCCCCACCGAGUGCACCCGAUACUUUACAUGGCAGUCCAUGGGCAUGAUGCUAAGCCACCGCCUGGCGGGCCAGCCCGGCCCCCUGACCCGGAUCAUGUCGUGCACCCACGAGGAGCUGGAGGCCAUGUCCCCCGAGGAGCGCAACAUCUGCCCAACCCACGUGGCCCCCUCCUACACGGUGCACCCCCGCACCGGCGACAUAUACUCCGCCUACAACAAGCCGGUGGCGGUGAUCGACUGGCUGGCGCGCACCGAGAUCAAGGAGGAGUACGUGCUGAUCAUCGAUGCCGACAUGAUCAUGCUCACCCCCUUCCUGCCGGACGAGGUGGGCGCCUCCCGCGGCUGGGCGGUGUCGGCCUACUUCUCCUACAUGAAGGGCGUGAACAACGAGCUGGCGCUGAAGCACGUGCCAGAGGUCACGCCCCGCAACGACACCCUGGCGGGGCCCAGGGGCCGGCGCGGCGACAUGGUCGGCGGCUUCACCCUCAUGCACUCCGAGGAUCUGCGCCGCGUGGCGCCCCUCUGGCUGAAGUACUCGGAGGACGUCCGCUUCGACCCCGACGCGUGGACGCUGUCCGGCGACCACUACAGCGUGAACAAGGGCGACCGCCCCUGGAUCUCGGAGAUGUACGGCUACUCCUACGCAGCCUCCAAGUCCGACGUAUGGCACCACGUCGACCACUCCGCCAUGCUCUACCCGGGCUACAACGUCAAGGUACUGCCCAAGGUGCUGCACUAUGGCCUGAAGAUCGAGGUCCCCAACACGCCCUGGGUGUUUGACAAGCACUACCACUACGACUUUGACGCGAUGAUGUGUCCGCCCUGGGACCUAAACGACCCGCCCGCGGGCAAGAAGGGCGGCCUCUUCCCCCGCACGCCCCACCCCGAUUCCUUCAAGGGCUCCGACUCGGACGUGCUGCGGGACCUGCUGGCCAUCCAGACGGUGGUGGUGCUGAACGCCGCCUUCUGCGAGCGGCACGAGAAGGCCUGCCCGCCCUCGGAGCAGCUGUCCACGGAGUGCGCGGCGGCGCGGUCCACCCUGGACGCCCUCCAGCGCCGGAUGAAGGAGCAGGUGGACCGCAUGCCCGACCCCUGCCGCAACAGCGACACGCGGUGCGAGGGCUGGGCCAAGGCCGGCGAGUGCCAGAAGAAUGAGGGCUGGAUGGCGGAUUACUGCUCGCUGGCCUGCGCCGGCUGCAAGCCCAAGACGCCGCCGGCGCGGCCGGGCACCAAGGCCCCCGUGCUGACCGACGGCGAGGGCGCGGGCCUGAAGAAGGGGGGGGGCGUGGGACUCCUACGCGGCGCGACGGACGCCGGGGUCCUGGCAGGCAAGGACACGGCCAAGGAUGCGGGGGCAGCGACGGACGCCGUCAGCGGCGGCGACUCCGGCGGCGCCGUCCCCGCGGAGAGGGUGGAGCGCCUUCGCGCGCGCUGCACGCGCCAGCCGCACUGGAGCAUGGGCGCGGUGAAGGCCUGCCUGGCCGCCGCCAGCAAGGGGCGCGAGUACCAGCACCCCAGCGAGGCCUCGCGUGGCGCGGGGGUGGGGUCGGAGACGGUUCGCACGCUGGGCGAGCGCACGCGCCGCCUCGUCGCUGGCGCGGGCCAGAGCACGGCAGGCGCGGCGGGGAGCGUGCUGCACACCCCCGGCAUCCUGGGCUUCGUGGUGUGGGCGCUGGUGCUGCUGGUGCUGCUCGCAUCGCUGCCGCGGGUGCGCAAGUCGCUGGCCACGCCCGUGGCGCUGGGAAACCGCACCUUCUUCGGGCGGCGGGGCGACAAGUCGGGGAGGAGCGAGUGA